UCCUUACAGUUUUUCCAAAGUGCUGACAUGACGAAUAUUAGCAUAUUUCCUAUUGCCCAUCACAAUGUUAUUAAUUCCAAAUGUAAAGCAGUUUCUCGCUUAUUUAAGUUUCGCGUUAUAAUGAGUUGAAUCUUUUCAAGGUUAUCCUUCCAGGACCCAGACACAAUCAUUGAACUGUGAUGUGAUAGUCCAUAAUCCAUCUACCAUACAUAUAUUAUUCAUGCUUAUGUCAUGGACUUCCUCGCUACUAUGCUCCGGGAAUGAACAUCUCAUUUGCGUUAAACCAGGUUUGACAUUCAAUUUCUGCAUAUCGGACUAACUACAAUAGAUCUCUGUAAUCCCUCUAAAAAUUUAUCAUUUCGAACUUUUCAAAUAUACCGUAUAUAUUCUGCAACAAAAUUCUAAUUAAAAAUUCACAUAGUUUUCUAUAAAUACAAAGGGGACACCGAACGAAAAGCCAAAAAAAGAUUGAAAAUAUCAUAUACAAUCAAUUUUCUUUUUGUAAAGUUAUAUCCCCUGACAUUAACAAUGUCCCAAACAACAACAACCACGACCCUUCUCCUCCUAUCUACAUUGCUAAUUGCAGCGAUAGUAGUUAAUGGGCAAGGAGCGAAGGCCCCUCCUCCAAACGCAGGUAUGGUUUGUGACGCUAACUUAGGUCUAUGUGCAGCGGCACUUAAAGUAGGAGCAAAAUCAUCAGAAGAAUGCUGCACAAGCCUAGACAAGGCAGUGAAGACGCAGUUGAAGUGCCUCUGCGCCAUCCUCACAAACCCGCAGGUAUUGGCCGGCUUCAAUCUCACCGUGGAAAAUGCUCUUCUCAUUCCUAAGAGUUGUGGCAUCGAUGCUGGACCUUCUAUGUGUUCUGCCGCUAAAGCUCCGUUGCCGCAUGGGGUUCCACCGGUGCCAGGACCGCCUAAAGGUGAGACGGAUGCUGCAAGCAAUCUCGCGGGAACUGGAUUGGUCGGGAUCACCUUAAUAACGAUCUCUAUGAUGUUUUAUUGAUAAUGAUAUUUUUUAUCUGAUUAUUUUAUAUCCAUGUAAGAAGUUGUUUGGUUCUACAAUGAAACUUCUACUUGAUGCCCCUUGUAUGUAAUCUUCUUAUAUUUUUUUCUCAAUCGGAUUUUGAAAUUGUGUGCCGGGAUUCGAUAUUGUCGCUGUUGUCAAACCUUUGAUGUAUUUUGUUUCCAAUUCAUAAUUUUAAAAUAUAUUUACUAGCCUACAUUUUCAUUUUACUGUUAACCUUGAUCGAAUAAAUUAAAUA